AUGGACGAGCCUACAGACUUGACAGAGUGCUGCAGGUCCUUUGCCAUUGGCGUUUAGCAGGUCACAUGGUGUCAGGAAGGUGAUAUGAGGGUGGAAGAGUUUUACAGCUUUGACAUACUACCUAAGGUUAGGGCAAAGGGAGCACCGAUUAAUGAUCGCUCAGUUUUGAUCGAUUGGACAAACAAUAGGCCAAGUUCCAGGAUGAACUCCUACUUAGACUAUCCUGUGUGCAACCGGGGAGCAAAUAUUUUUAGUGCCAAGGCCGGAUACCACAGUUUAAACCAUGGAUACAUGUCGCCUUUAUCGGCCAACUCCUGCGCAACAAGUGAUAGUAGUUACGCACCGGACGGGCGCUUAGUGCCUGCAACUUCUGCGCCACAUCAGAGCCCGAGUUUGCCUCUGCACCACCAGACACACACCAACCUGGAUCUGCAGUUUGCACCAUCAGGGAACUCCAUGUAUGGGUCACCGCUGGACUACGGCCAUCACCAGUACGGCCUUGCUCCAGAGCAGGACCGAGGCUUCAUGCAUGCACAAGUGUCGCCCAUUGGGACAAACAUGGCUCCGUACACCGGGGAGAGCUGUGGGCCUGGAGGGGCACCGGGGGGCCAGUACCUACACUUUAACAACGCAGAGCAAAGGCAGCAAGAAUAUUCAGAAGGUGUUUACACAAGGUUACCGCUCCAGAGCAAAGAGGACCUGGAACAUGUGGAGGAGACGAAAACUUUCGACUGGAUGAAAGUUAAGAGGAACCCCCCUAAAACAGCUGUUCUGUCGGAGUUCGGAGUUCCCAGUCACCACAACGUGAUCCGCACCAACUUCACCACCAAGCAGCUGACGGAGCUGGAGAAGGAGUUCCACUUCAACAAAUACCUGACUCGGGCUCGGAGGGUGGAGGUCGCAGCCAGUCUGGAGCUCAACGAGACGCAGGUGAAAAUUUGGUUUCAGAACCGCAGGAUGAAGCAGAAAAAACGAGAAAAACUAGGCUGCGUUUUGGUAAACACUCCAGGACGGGUGGACAAACUCUCCAGCCCUGACACCUCUCCAAAGGUAAAAGGGAAAGACUCUGAACACUGA